AUGUCAGAGACUAGAGAGGAACUUGUCAAAAGACAUAACAAAGAAAAGAAAGACUUGCAAAACAAAAUAACUGGGAUGAAAAAGCAAGCGACAAAGUCCCAAAGAAAAGAGGUUAACUCUAAAUGUGUAAUGUUACAGGAAAAUUUGCAGUUGAAACAGGAUCAGGAACUCGAAGACUGGGAGACCUCUAAUUGUGGCGCUGGUGCUAGUGCUACCGACACCAUCACAACCACGGAUAGUAAUGGUGAUAUUGAGUCACAUGAUUCCAAUAAUGAGAUCACUCCAGAAGAACUGCUGAAACAACUUGAGAUCUCCAAUGGAAAUCAACAAGAAGUCAAGGAAGAAGUUGCCUUGCCACAGCAACCAAGGAGGAAACGUAAUAGGCAAAAGGAAAGGUUAGCAAGAAGGGAGGCUGAAAUUCAAAAAAUGAAAGCGGAAGCUAUGGAAGAGUCCAAAAAUGAUAAUGGACCUAAUUUACAAAAAAUUGAACAAGAAGCAAUCAAUAAUUUAUGUCUGUUGAAAGAUUUAAACCAAUUUGACAUUAAACCGGACGGUCAUUGUCUAUUCGCAUCUAUUCUUGAUCAGUUAAAACAGCGCCAUCAAAGCGUCGAACCAGAUCUGGACGUGUACAAAUUAAGAUCCAUAGCUUGUAACUACAUUAAAAUGCAUGAAAAUGAUUUUUUACCGUAUUUAUUCGAUGAAAUCAAGAUGGAAGUCAUGGAUAUUAAUGAAUACGUAAGAGAAAUGGAGACGACAGCUAAAUGGGGUGGUGAGAUAGAAAUAAUGGCACUAUCUAAAGAAUUCGAUUGCCCCAUUUCUAUUCUUUUCAGUGACAGACCAGUACAAGUUUUCAAUGAAGAAGGUACACUCCCUGAAUUAAAACUUGUAUAUUACAAACAUUCUUUUGCAUUGGGUGAACAUUACAAUUCUCUUCAUGAUAAUAAACAAUGA